AUCAAGAUGGCACUGCGUUUAGUAACGAAAUAAUGUAAUCAAGAUGGGGAAUGGGUGGAAUACGUCGUCAACCUGGUUCUAACGAUAACGUAACACACAUCCACGUGUUGCAGGCCUUCGGAGGAGGCCUAGCAGGAGGCGUGAUGCGAAGCUGUACACAUCCUCUCGACGUGCUGAAGUUACGCAUGCAGAUGCAAGUGGGUCGCCAUUCGACGAGAAAGUACCGCGGCAUUCUGCACGGCAUUAGGACGUUGUACGUCGAGGAGGGAAUGCGAGGCUUAGUGCGGGGCCACAAUACAAGCCAGGUGAUGGGCAUCACACAGGGUCUCGUACAAUUCUGGUCGUAUGAGCAAUUAUCCGCACUAUCCCGAAAAGCCUCGUAUUUUAAAGAGCACACCUUCCAGAGGCACUUUCUCUGUGGCGGCAUCGCUGGAUGCUUCUCCUGUACGGCGGCCUACCCGUUCGACGUAGUGCGUGCACAAGUGAUGGCAUCCGAUCUUGUAACGGCCCGCUCAAUGAUCCAAGGAUUUCGGCACGUAUACGCUAUGAAAGGAUGGAAUGGAUUCACGCGCGGUUUGCCCUUCGCCCUGAUCGAGACCUUUCCGCUGAUGGGCUUUAAGUUCCUUUUUUAUAAGUACCUAAACGCCCUGACGAUGUCCGUGCAGCAGAAAAAAAAGAUGGACAUUCACGGUGGCUCUUUACUCGUAAACGCAGCAGUGGCCGGUGGUACAGCGAAGAUAGUAGUUUACCCCGUUGAUUUGCUCAAAAAGCGCAUCCAACUCCAGACGUUUAAGCAAGACCUGGGGAGUUCCUGCCAUCAUCCCCAUUGUCCCACAUUUCUGCAGUGUAUCGUCAGUACGCUCCAGAAUGAGGGCGUGCGAGGAUUCUACAAGGGCCUGACGCCCACCGUGCUCAGAUCCAUGCUGGCCAACGCCAUUUAUUUCAGCAUCUACGAUCUGUUUAGCCACCAGUUCAUUGAUCCACUCCAACAUUCGGAGAACUCUUAAAGGACAUAGGUCACGGGUCGUAUUUACACAUUCCCCUUCUAAAAAACUGGACAGGGAGUGAAAAGGAAAAAAAAUUGUGUAAAAUAAAAAUAUGUAUUUUUGAUAGAAAAUUAUGAUAUGUAUGUAAUUCAAUAUAUCUUUCGACGCCG